AUGGAGCACCGCGAGCUGGGCGGUACGGGCCUCCGCGUCAGUGCCGUCGGCUUUGGCGCCUCCCCGCUCGGCAACGUUUUCGGGGACGUGCCCCGCGACGCCGCCCGCGCCGCCGUCCGCCACGCGCUCGACCUCGGCAUCAACUUCUUCGACACCUCCCCGUACUACGGCGGCAGGAUCUCGGAGUCGGUCCUCGGCGAUUGCCUCCGCCACGCGGCCGUUCCGCGGGAUCGAGUCGUCGUCGCCACCAAGUGCGGCCGCUACAAAGACGAGGGUUUCGACUUCUCCGCCGACCGCGUGACACGCAGCAUAGACGAGAGCCUCGCCCUACUGGGGCUGGACUACGUCGACAUCCUCCACGCCCACGACAUCGAGUUCACCCAUCUCGACCAGAUUGUGAAUGAGACAAUUCCCGCGCUCCAGAAGAUUAAGGAGAGUGGGAAGGCACGGUUCAUUGGCAUCACCGGGCUGCCCCUCAGCAUCUACCCUUAUGUCCUUGACCGGGUAGCGCCGGGCUCAGUGGACGUGAUUCUAUCUUACUGCCACUACGGGAUCAAUGACACCUCCCUUGUCGAUAUGCUUCCCUACUUGAAGAGCAAAGGUGUUGGGGUUAUCAGUGCUUCGCCCCUCUCCAUGGGUCUUUUAACGGAUAAUGGGCCACCGGAGUGGCACCCUGCACCAGAAGAACUUAAGUCAGCAUGCAGGGCUGCAGCUGAUCACUGUAGAAAGAAAGGGAAAAGCAUUACGAAGCUAGCUAUGCAGUACAGCUUGCUGAAUAAUGAAAUCUCGACAGUUCUUGUUGGAAUGAACUCUUCAAAACAGGUGGAUGAGAAUGUGGCUGCUGCACUGGAGUUGUCAACAUCAGGCAUUGAUGAAGAACUUCUGCGUGAAGUUGAAGCAAUUCUUGAGCCUGUGAAGAACCUGACUUGGCCUAGCGGCAUCCAACAAGCCUGA